GUGGAACCAUGGCUUUGUAUCAAUGCAUACGUCACUCAUGAUACUGGAAAAUGGAAAGAUCUCAAUUUGAAAUAUGUCCUAACUUGCUGCCGGGAUUAUUGGUGCAUCCUCGAUCGUGAUAAAAGAUUUUUACAAAAAGUGUGGCCAGUUAUCAAGCAUCUUAUUGCGGAAGCAUUGGAAUGCUGGGACCAGGAUGGCGAUUGCAUGAUUGAAAAUUUUGUGCUUACUGUGGAUGCUUAUGGUUGGCAUCACUACGUGCCGCAGCUGCACUCGCCAAAGAAGCCAACGAUACUACGGCAGCAGUACGGUACAUGGAUCUACUGA